GUGCAGUGGAAACUCCUCGGGAAGCUACACCAGCGCCUGUGCAGCAGCCCAUCUCAUCUGGAUUCACAGCCGUAAACUCCAGACCAAGCGGGUUUGCGGCGAUCAACAUGCCAUCCUCGUUUACAGCAGUCAACAGAGCAGCUCCCGAGGUUAAAAGGGAAUCAGACGACGCAACAGGCAACUCAUCUCAUGCAGAUUCCAUUCCUGGCUCUGGAAAACCGUCACCUGAGCAGAAACGGACGAAGUCUAAUUCAGCAUCCCUUACCAAUGGACAGAAUGGUCACGAUGAGCAUUCCCUAAAACGCGUUCAUAGCAGUGGUGGUAACUCUCAAACUGAAAACGACGAUUCUGAAGAAGGGGGCAACGGUAGACGAAGCAAGCGUCUAAAGAAAGGUAUGUCGAAUACUACGUUUUGUAACUCAACAUGAUGCUAAUAGCGACUGGUAUAGAUGGCAUGCCCAGCGUUGCGGGAUCCAACUUGAAUUUAUUACGACCAUCUCCUUCUCAGACAAAGUCUAAAAACGGAACCUGUAAAACUGGAGAUGUGAGUCAAUCUACAUUGAACCUCCCGGAAUAUCAACAUUCCAUGAAUCUAAUGCCAUUUUAGAAAUGUGAAAGCUGCGGCAAGACUGAUAAAGAAUCUACCAUCCUUGCAUGCGACGGCUGUGACAUCGGUUAUCAUAUGCAUUGCCUUGACCCCCCUCUUACAACCAUACCAGACUAUGACUGGCAUUGUCCCAAAUGUCUAGUAGGAACUGGGGAGUAUGGCUUCGAGGAAGGCGGUAUAUACUCGUUGAAGCAAUUCCAGGAGAAGGCCAACCAGUUUAAGAAGAAUUAUUUUGGUUCGAAGAUACCCUUCCAGGCAACUUCUGCACCAACUCCACAACUUUACGAAGCCGAAGACAGCGUUGAACGUGAAUUCUGGCGACUUGUCGAGAGCUUAACUGAGACAGUGGAGGUUGAGUACGGGGCCGAUAUCCAUUCGACAACACACGGCAGUGGCUUUCCUACGGUUGAACGAAACCCCCUUGAUCCCCACGCGACUGAUCCAUGGAAUCUAAAUGUACUUCCUUUACACCCAGAAUCACUGUUCAGACACAUCAAGUCCGAUGUUUCUGGCAUGACCGUUCCAUGGGUUUACGUUGGCAUGUGUUUCUCAACCUUCUGCUGGCAUAACGAAGACCACUACGCGUUUUCAGCUAAUUAUCAGCAUUUCGGCUCCACUAAGACGUGGUAUGGAAUCCCAGGAGCUGAUGCUGAAGCCUUCGAGGAGGCUAUGCGACAAGCUGUUCCGGAGCUGUUUGAAACUCAACCUGACCUUUUAUUCCAACUGGUGACUUUACUUCCACCAAAUCAGCUCAAGAAAGCUGGUGUCAACGUCUAUGCCUUGGAUCAAAGAGCUGGUCAGUUUGUGAUUACAUACCCACAAGCCUAUCAUGCUGGGUUCAACCACGGAUUCAACUGCAACGAGGCCGUGAACUUUGCACCAAGCGAGUGGGAGCCAUUUGGCCAAUCUGGAGUUGACCGGCUGCAGGAGUUUAGACGACAGCCUUGCUUCUCGCAUGACGAAAUGCUACUAACUGCUGCCAGCAAGGAUACGUCUAUCAGCACUGCAAAGUGGCUUGGUAAAGCGUUGCGGCGAAUGUGUGAUCGUGAAAUGGAGCAAAGAGCGAACCUCCUAGCGCGGUCCCGAGAAGUUGAUAAUCGAAAUGGUAUUCAGAAUGGAGACCAGAAUGCCAAACCUGCUGAUUUACCAGCGUUGCCCGUUUCUGUGGAGGAGGCUGAUCUCCUUGAAGAUGAGUAUCAGUGCAGCUAUUGCAAGGCCUACAGCUACCUCUCUCUUUUCCGAUGCCACAAAUCUGGAAAGCAGCUGUGUCUAGUGCAUGCCGGAAUAACGGAAUGCUGCGGCAGUGAACCAGCCCAUUACUUGCGCGGACCUGAUCAUUCAGUUCGAUAUCGACUAUCUGAUGAAGAUUUGCAAAAAAUCGUUCAAAAAGUAGAAGAUCGCGCCAAGAUUCCCGAAGCCUGGGCUGAGAGACUAGACAGAAUCCUGGAAGAUGAGCCGAAACCAUCUCUCAAAGCUCUUCAUGCUCUACUCUCAGAGGGAGAAAAGAUACCAUACCAUCUUCCUGGGCUGCAAGAUCUCUCUGCCUUCGUACAGAGAUGUGACAAGUGGGUUGAGGAAGCGAACAACUACUUAACCCGCAAGCAACAAAACCGACGCAAAAACGAAAAGAUCUGGCGGAAGGGAAACCCUGCUAAGGCUGCACAGAUGGAAGAAAGAGACCGUGAGCUACGCAGUAUCGAGAAAAUUCAUAGCUUGCUUACAGAAGCAGACCGUCUUUCAUUUGAUUGUCCUCAGAUAACGGCCCUGCAUGAAAAGGUUCAGGAGAUUGAGCGCUUCCAGAGAGACGCCCAAGCCGUUUUCAUCAGUGCACAUACCGCGUCUGCUCAGGCUGUGGAGGAGCUAGUCGAACUAGGCCGGAACUUCUGCCUUGAUAUCCCAGAGGUAGACAAGCUGGAACGCGUCUUGCAACAGAUGAAAUGGAACGAGGAUGCGCGACGCCGGCGUGAACAGUACCAAACACUCGAAGAUUGCGCGGAUUUCAUCAAGCAAGCCGAAGAAUUAAACAUAUCCGAGGCUAACAACCACCUUCUAUACUUCCGUGAAAUGUACUGCAGCGGAGUAGCAUGGGAAGCGAAAGCAAAGGAACUCAUGUCUGUAGAGGCAGUUCACUACCAGCAGCUUGAGGCCCUUUCCGCACAGGCUGCUCGAUUUCCAGUCUCACCCGACACGCUCGCUGCAGUCGACGCGAUCCUCACAAAGCAACGUGAAGCUCAGAGGCAGAUAUCUACCAUGUACGAGAAAAGUAAAUCAAGCGAUUUUCGGGAACGCCCACAUUAUCGUGACGUACGCGAUCUGAUGGAAUCCUUGGUACAGUUGAACAGCAAGCCUAAUGGCACUAUCGACCUCGAACGUGAACAGAAGCGUCACGAAGACUGGAUGAGAAAGGGGAAGAAGCUGUUUGGUAAAGCCAAUGCUCCCUUGCACAUUCUUAAGAUGCAUAUGCAGUACGUUCAAAAGAGAAAUUCGUACUGCUUCGACCUUGACGACCGGUUCCGCCCACCAGUUGAACCUGCUUCUCGAGAGGCUACUCCCGAUGGUUCUGGAGAGUCACAACCCUGGGCUGGCAGUCGGUCAAAGAAAAAAGACGUCUUCUGCAUCUGUAGACAGCAGGAAUCUGGGCUAAUGAUUGAAUGUGAGGUCUGCCAUGAAUGGUAUCACGGAAAGUGUCUCAAGAUUGCCCGUGGUAAGGUGAAGGAGUACGACAGCUACACCUGUCCUAUCUGUGACUGGCGCGUUAAGAUACCUCGCGAUGCUGCUCGCCCGAAGCUGGAGGACUUGCUUGAAUGGCAAUCCGAACUCUCUGAUCUUCCAUUCCAGCCUGAAGAGGAGGAGAUCUUGACCUCCAUUAUUGACCAAGCAACCUCAUUUCGUGACUUCUUGCGCCCAUUCACGAACCCUGCGUGUAUGACUGCCGAAGAGGUUCCGACGCAGAUUUUUUACCUACGAAAGAUUGAAGGUGCAGAAGUUCUCCUUGCCUAUGAAACGAAUUACUUCCGCCAGGAAGUUCAUAAAUGGAAUCCAGUGGCCCCUGAACCGCCACCGAUUCUUGAGCAAUCGCUUUCCACUCGCAAACCACGACCGACCAAACAACAAAAAAUCAUGGCCCAGCUUGGUAUCGAAAAACCAGAGGACAUCCCCCUUCACCUACGGACAAAACACCACAUCUUCCCCUCGAAACGCAAGUCCAUUGAACCUCAAAAUGGACGGCCUCCACCACUCCAACCAGCAGCAUCAAACAGAUCUAGUACUCCCGUAGAUAACCCACGCUCUGUUUCCGUUGGUACCGAUCAGGUUCCAUCAUCCAUGGCCGCUACUCAAGCUCCUCAGACACCUGCUUCUUAUCCAUUCAACCAUCCAUUCCAACUUUCGUCCAGCGAACAGAAUGCCACAUUCGGAGCUAGUUCCGGCCCCUUCCUAACCCAAGAAAAUGGCGACCAAUCGCCCUCAUUCUCGCCCGGUUCUCCUGCCGCUAGGCACUCUGGACUAGAUCCUUCGUUCUUUAGUCCUCCAAGCUUCGAACGAAACCAUCAGUUGCCUCAAGGCUCGGAGUCUGAGAAUAUGAAGGGCAAUACUGGCGUUGUUGUAGAUGACGUCGAUGCUCACAAUCCAUUCGGCAGCAGCCCUCGUGCAAACAUGGACGAAUUGUUCGCGGACUUGACGAAUCAUGAUAACGAGCCCGAGCACGUCGAAGAGAUAAGUCAUGCCAAUGAAGCCCUCGAAGCUCUCAAGAGUGCUCAAGCCUGUGGUUCCCGCACUGGAUCGGUUUCCGAGCCAGGAAACAAUGGGACCAACGGAGACUCUGAUCUUCAUCAAAAUGCCAGCCACCACAAUGACAACGAACAUCAGAACGGCGGUGGCCUAGGUGAGGAAUAUCUAAGUUGA